AUGACUGAUAAACCUGAUUCUUAUUCUGGUUUUAAUGAGUAUAAUCCUCUAUUAGAUACAGAUAGUUUGAAAUAUGAUAAUGAUUUACAACAAGCAGUUCUUAAAACCAGUCAUGGUCGACGAGCACCACCGACUGGCCAAGUUGGUACAGGUGCUCAAAAGGCUGGUUUUUUCUCGAAAAUGAAAAAUGUUUUCAGUCGACAGAAAAGUACAGGUCUUGGAGCACCACCAGGUACAUCUUCUGGCCGAUUAGGAACUGCAUCUCGUGCGGCUCAACAAGGUAGUCUUAUGGGUGCUCCACCUGGUUCAGCAUCACGUCGUCUUCAAACUGGCGCAGCAACAGGACAAAAACGACCAACAACUGCGGUACAAGGUGCAGGAUUUAUGGCUAGUAGUUUAGGUAGUACAACCACAUCAGGAUCUACACUAUUUGAAAAAAAAGAAGAAACGAACGAAGAUAAAGCAAAAAAAAUGGAAAAAACAGUUAUUGAUCUUGUUGAAGAGAGUUGUUUAGCUCAUGAAAAAAAUGAUUCAAAAUUAGCACUUGAAAAAGCAGAAGAAGCAAUGAGAAAUGAAAAAAGUCUUAGUCGAUAUCGAGAAGAACAAAAUCUUGGAGAAACUGAUAUGAAUCUCGCUGGAUUUGUGAUUCUUCAUUGUGCCAAUAUGUAUACUAAAUGUGGUAUGAAUUCCGAAGCAAUGAAUCAAUAUAACAUCUUAUUAAAAAAUAAAUUAUUACCUGUACCAAGUCGUUUACGAAUUAACAUUGGAAAUGUAUUUUUACAUUCAAAACAAUAUGCUAAAGCAUUAAAAAUGUAUCGUAUGGCACUCGAUCAAAUACCCGAACAAAAUGCUGAUUUAAAAUUUAAAGUUCGUGAAAAUAUAGCUGCGACACAUAUACUCAUGAGUCAAUAUGCUGAAGCAGCACAAGCUUAUGAAUCUAUAAUGCAAGAACGACCAAAUUAUCGCAGUGGUUUAAAUCUACUUCUUUGUUAUCAUACAUUAGGACAACGUGAUAAAACUCGACGUGUUUUUACUGAUUUACUUAAAAUACCAUUUUUAAGUUCUGAUGAAGAUUAUCAACCAUCAGUUGAUAAAGAAGAUAAACACGCAACUCUUGUUUUAGAAGCAACACGAGAUGAUCGAUUAAGACAAUUUGAAAGAAAACGACGACGUUUUGCAGAACAUGUUGUUGUUACUGCUGCUAAAAUAGUUGGAAAUAAUUCUGAUGGAGAUUUUGUUAGUGGAUAUGAAUGGUGUAUUGAUCAAGUACGAAAUUCUACGUAUCUUGAAUUAGCGAGUGGUUUGGAAAUUCAAAAAGCUAUUGCGUAUUUACGUGAAGAUAAUUUUCCAAAAGCUAUUGCAACAUUGAAAGAAUUCGAAAAAGCUGAAGCAAAAUUAGCUAGCGCAGCUGCAACAAAUCUAUCAUUUUUAUACUUUUUGGAAAAAGAUCUUAAUAAUGCACAUAAAUAUGCUGAUUUAGCUUUAAAAUCUGAUAAAUUUAAUCCAGCUUCUUUAACCAAUAAGGGCAAUUGUUGUUUUGCUCAACAAGAUUAUGAUAAAGCUCGAUAUUAUUAUGAAGAAGCUUUAAAUGUUGAUGCAGGUUCAAUUGAAGCUUUGCAUAAUCUUAUUUUAACAUUGAUGAAAUCAAAUCAAUAUCAACGUGUUAAAGAUCUUCUUCAUAAAUAUACAGUAAUACAACCAACAAAUGCGCAAGUUUUUUGUUUAAUGGCAGAAGCAUUACAACAAACUAAUGAUACUGAACAUGCAAAGAGUUGGUACUUACAAGCAUUAAGUACAUAUCGAACAGAUGGACAUUUACACCGAAGAAUAGGUGAAGUUAUUGAUAAACAAGGAGAUAAAUCAGAUGCUAUACAAUAUUAUUUUGACGCUUAUCGACAUAAUCCAUGCGAUAUAGAUACAUUGGAAUGGCUUGCAUACUAUUAUAUUGAAACACAAUAUCCUGAAAAGGCUGUAGAAUUUUGUGCACAAGCUGCAUUAGUCAAACCAGGAGAAAUAAAAUGGCAUUUAAUGGUUGCUUCAUGUUAUCGUCGUAGUGGAGAUUAUACAGCAGCAUUAGAAAAAUAUAAAUGGAUUCAUUCACAUUUUCCUGAUAAUAUCGAUUGUAUACAAUUUUUGGUUAAAAUUUCAACGGAUCUUGGUCUCCCUGAACGUGAGACAUAUGAAGCUGAAUUAAAAAAAGCAAAUGAAAUGAAAAAAAUUCAAGAACAACGUAAAACAAGUGCAAAUAAUAGUCGUGCUGCUGUAGGGGGUCGAAAAGUAUCUCGUGCUGAAAAUGAUGUGUCUCAUUUUAAAAAUGAUGAUAAUCGUCAAUUAAGUGGUCGUAAACGUACACCAAUCGAUUUGGAUAAUACCGAAGGAGUUUUUUCUCAACAAGAACCUGUUACUAUUCAUCCAUUUGUUGAUCAACUCUCUCGCGAUAUGCCAGAUCAACGACCUAUGACAGCUAUACGUCGAAGUGAUAUGAAUAGAGCACUAUUUGAUGACAACGAUGAUGUUGCUGAUCUUUUACCUGAAUAA